GCUCCUCCUUGUUCCCUUCCCCAUCGCGCCCGCUAUUUCUCCGUACGUACGCGGUCGCCGUCCACAAUGGCGGCCCUGCGAUAUGCUGCGCGCCUCGCAAAGGUGCAGGCAGCCUCUGCGCCUCGACAUGGUUGCACCUUCAACUGGACGUUUGCGCGGCGGUGUCUUGCAACGGCGAACACACCCACGUCUCUGCUCUCGUCGUUGGACACGUUCGCCGAUCGUCACAUUGGUCCUGGUGAGAGUGAGGUCUCGCACAUGCUCUCGCAACUGGGGUAUGAUUCUAUGGACGCGUUCGUUGCGGAGACUGUCCCAUCCAAGAUCAGAGUCGCGUCAGACUCGGUCAGCGAUGCGUCCAUUCCGUCUCUUAGCGAGUCCGAGCUGUAUCGGAGGGCGCGUGAGCUCGCCACAGCGAACAAGCCCUUCAAGAGCUACAUUGGUAUGGGCUAUCACAACGCGGUCGUUCCCCCGGUAAUUCUGCGUAAUGUUAUGGAAAGUCCUGCUUGGUACACGCCUUAUACUCCCUACCAGCCGGAGAUUUCUCAAGGUCGUCUGGAGUCGCUCGUGAACUUCCAAACAAUGGUCAUGUCGCUAACAUUCAUGGAUAUCGCUAACGCGUCUCUCCUGGAUGAGGCAACGGCAGCGGCAGAAGGCAUGGCAAUGGCAUAUGUCAACACGAACCACAAGAAGCACACAUUCCUGGUUGACAAUGGUGUCCUCCCUCAGACUAUCUCGGUACUCCGGACUCGCGCGAAAGGUUUUGGCAUCCAUCUCGUCAUCGGCGACGUCUCCGCGUCUCUCAAGAAUGAAUCGCUCGUUUCGGACCUCUGCGGCGUGCUCGUGCAGUACCCGGACGUGAACGGUAGCAUCAAGGAUUUCGGCAGCAUCGCGGAUUCUGUACACAGUUCAGGCGCGCUAUUGGUGUGUGCGAGCGACCUGCUCGCGCUCACUAUGCUUAAACCGCCAGGCGAGUGGGGCGCGGACAUUGUCCUCGGCAAUUCGGGUCGCUUCGGUGUUCCUGCUGGUUACGGCGGCCCACACGGCGCGUUCUUCGCGUGCACGGACAAGCUCAAGCGCAAGAUGCCCGGGAGGCUGAUUGGCAGGAGCAAGGACAAGUACGGCAACCCUGCGUACCGUCUUGCUCUUCAGACCCGUGAACAACACAUCCGUCGUGAGAAGGCCACCAGCAACAUCUGCACCAGCCAGGCUCUGCUCGCCAACAUGGCUGCGAUGUACGCUGUCUACCACGGCCCUGACGGUCUCAAGCGCAUCGCACAGAAGGUUCACGCGCUCGCGCAGAUUCUCAAGUCGCAGGUCGAGCAGUUCGGUUAUAAAGCUAUCAACACGGAGUUCUUCGACACGCUCACAUUCGAUGUCACUGGGGCGGCCAAGUCUGCAGAGACCGUCCACGCCGCCUCCCUCGUCGCAGGAGUCAACCUCCGCCGGGUGGACGAGAAGCACGUCGGCGUGACCCUCGACGAGAGCGUCUCAUCCGAGGAUGUCCUCGCGCUCAUCAACGUCUUCGCCUCCGCUACCUCCUCAUCACCCGUCUCCCCCUCUGUGCUCGCUGAGCCGUCCACCAGUGCGAUCCCGCAGGCGCUCCAACGCACGUCGGCAUUCCUCCCACACCCCGUGUUCAACGCGCACCAUUCGGAGACGGAGAUGUUGCGGUACAUCUAUCACCUGCAGUCGAAGGACCUCGGCCUCGAGCACGCGAUGAUCCCGCUCGGGAGUUGCACGAUGAAGCUGAACAGUACGAGUAGCAUGAUCCCGCUGACGUGGCCCGAAUUUGGGAACGUGCAUCCGUUCGCGCCAUUGGAUCAGGUUAAAGGAUACUUGCAGCUCAUCAAGGAAUUGGAAUCGGACCUGUGCAAGAUUACGGGCUUCCAUGCGUGCUCGGUGCAGCCCAACUCCGGCGCAGCGGGAGAGUACACUGGUUUGUCCGUUAUUCGGGCCUACCAUGAGUCGCGUGGAGAGGGUCACCGUGACAUAUGUUUGAUCCCCGUCAGUGCGCACGGCACAAACCCUGCGUCCGCUAUGAUGGCCGGCCUCAAAGUCGUUCCAAUCAAAACGCUGCAUGAUGGUAGUCUCGAUCUCGAGGAUCUCAAGGCCAAGGCUGAGAAGCACAAGGACAACCUAGCUGCAUUCAUGAUUACGUAUCCGUCUACUUACGGUGUAUUCGAGGAUGGCGUGCAAGACGCUUGCAAGAUCAUCCACGAAAAUGGCGGUCAGGUCUACCUCGAUGGUGCCAACCUCAAUGCGCAAAUCGGCCUCACGAACCCUGCCACUUGUGGUGGUGAUGUCUGCCACCUGAAUCUCCACAAGACAUUCGCUAUCCCUCAUGGUGGAGGUGGACCCGGCGUCGGACCCAUCUGCGUCUCAGAGCACCUCGCGCCAUUCCUCCCAGGCCACCCAGUCGUCCCUACCGGCGGCAGCAAAGCCAUCAAUGCCGUGUCAGCCGCGCAAUACGGAAGUGCCUCCAUCCUGCUCAUCUCGUGGGCGUACAUCAAGAUGCUCGGCGGCAGCGGUCUCUCGUCCGCCUCUAAGAUCGCCCUGCUGAACGCAAAUUACAUGGCGCACCGUCUGUCCGAGCACUACAACCUGCGAUUCAAGAACGGCAACGGUCGAGUGGCGCACGAGUUGCUAAUCGACCUUGCCGAAUUCGACAAGGCUGCUAGGAUCCAGGUGACCGACUUUGCUAAGCGGCUGCAAGAUUACGGCUUCCACCCGCCGACAUGUUCUUGGCCCAUCUCAACGUGCAUGCUUAUUGAGCCUACUGAGUCUGAGCCCUUGGCGGAGAUUGACAGGUUCUGCGAUGCGAUGAUUCAGAUCCGCCAGGAAGUGGAAGAUAUCAUUACGGGCAAGCAACCCAAAGAGAACAACGUUCUGAAGAACGCUCCUCACCCAAUAUCUGUCAUCGCUUUCGAAGACUCAAAAUGGGACCGUCCAUACAGCCGGUAUAUUGCAGCGUUCCCCGUGCCAUCACUUCUGGAGAAGAAGUUCUGGCCUACGGUCUCAAGAGUAGACGACGCCUACGGUGACCUCCAUCUGAUUUGCGACUGCCCUUCCGUCGAAGAGUCGGCAUCGUCCGUUUGAGUCAUCUGAACGUCCCACGUGUCGGGGGACAUGAUACCCCUCAACGGACCCGUAGACGCGUGACGUUCAACCGCACGCAACAUCUGUAGGAUUCAUCGACUCCAUGUACCGUAAUAAUAGCAUAGACAUGGCUUUUGGGUAGAUUCACGACUGUUCGCUUUUCAGCAACGUCAUCCACAGAUCUGGCAGAUAGGUCUUGAUACGCAUACGAAUCUCUUCCUCUUGGUUCGUACGAGAAGCGAAAUUGAUGACUAGUUUGGCA